GGUCUGAAGAAGAAGUUCCAGAGAGUGUUUGAGGGCAUCGCUAAAGCAGGACAGAAGACCCUCCUGAAUGAGAUCUACACAGAGCUGUACAUCACAGAGGGAGGGACUGCAGAGGUCAAUGAUGAACAUGAGGUCAGACAGAUUGAAGCAGCAUCCAGGAAAGCAGACAGAGCAGAAAGAAGCAUCAGAGCAGAAGACAUCCUUAAAGGCUCACCUGGAAGAGAUGGACCAAUCAGAACAGUGAUGACAAAGGGAGUGGCUGGCAUCGGGAAAACAGUGUUAACACAGAUGACUCUGGACUGGGCUGAAGACAAAAGCAACCAGGACAUCCACUUCAUGUUUCCAUUGACUUUCAGAGAGCUGAAUGUGCUGAAAGAGAGAAAGUUCAGCUUGAUGGAACUUGUUCAUCACUUCUUCAGUGAAACCAAAGCAGCAGGAAUCUGCAGCUUUGAAGACUUCCAGGUUGUGUUGAUCUUUGACGGUCUGGAUGAGUGUCGCCUUCCUCUGGACUUCCACAACAAUGAGGUCCUGACUGAUGUUAGAGAGUCCACCUCAGUGGAUGUGCUGCUGACAAACCUGAUCAGGGGGAAUCUGCUUCCCUCUGCUCGCCUCUGGAUAACCACACGACCUGCAGCAGCCAAUCAGAUCCCUCCUGACUGUGUGGACAUGGUGACGGAGGUCAGAGGGUUCACCGACCCACAGAAGGAGGAGUACUUCAGGAAGAUCAGAGAUGAGGAGCAGGCCAGCAGCAUCAUCUCCCACAUGAAGAAGUCACGAAGCCUCCACAUCAUGUGCCACAUCCCAGUGUUCUGCUGGAUCACUGCUACAGUUCUGGAGGAGCUGCUGAGAAGCAGAGAGGGAGGAGAUCUGCCCAGAACCCUGACUGAGAUGUUCAUCCACCACCUGGUGGUUCAGGCCAAAGUCAAGAAGGUCAAGUAUGAUGGAGGAGCUGAGACAGAUCCACACUGGAGUCCAGACAGCAGGAGGAUGAUUGAGUCUCUGGGAAAACUGGCUUUUAAUCAGCUGCAGAGAGGAAACCUGAUCUUCUAUGAGUCCGACCUGACAGAGUGUGGCAUCGAUGUGGAAGCAGCCUCAGUGUACUCAGGAGUGUUCACACAGAUCUUUAAAGAGGAGAGAGGACUGUACCAGGACAAGGUGUUCUGCUUCGUCCAUCUGAGCGUUCAGAGUUUCUGGCUGCUCUUCAUGUCCAUCAGACCUUCAUCUUUCUACCAGAGAGCUGUGGACGAGGCCUUACAGAGUCCAAACGGACACCUGGACUUGUUCCUGCGCUUCCUCCUGGGUCUGUCACUGCCGACCAAUCAGAAUCUCCUACGAGGCCUGCUGACACAGACAGGAAGUAGCUCACAGACCAAUCAGAAAACAGUGGAGUACAUCAAGGAGAAGAUCAGUGAGAAUGUGUCUGCAGAGAGAAGCAUCAAUCUGUUCCACUGUCUGAAUGAACUGAAGGAUGUUUCUCUAGUGGAGGAGAUCCAACAGUCCCUGAGAUCAGGACGUCUGUCCACAGAUGAACUGUCUCCUGCUCAGUGGUCAGCUCUGGGCUUCAUCUUACUGUCAUCAGAAGAACAUCUGGACGUGUUUGACCUGAAGAAAUACUCUGCUUCAGAGGAGGUUCUUCUGAGGCUGCUGCCAGUGGUCAAAGCCUCCAAGAAAGUUGUACUGAGUGGCUGUAAUCUGUCAGAGAGAAGCUGUGGAGCUCUGUCCUCAGUCCUCAGCUCCCAGUCCUCCAGUGUGACAGAGCUGGACCUGAGUAACAACAACCUGCAGGAUUCAGGAGUGGAGAGUCUUUCUGCUGGACUGGAGAGUCCACACUGUAAACUGGAAGCUCUCAGACUGAGUGGCUGUAAUCUGUCAGAGAGAAGCUGUGGAGCUCUGUCCUCAGUCCUCAGCUCCCAGUCCUCCAGUGUGACAGAGCUGGACCUGAGUAACAACAACCUGCAGGAUUCAGGAGUGGAGAGUCUUUCUGCUGGACUGGAGAGUCCACACUGUAAACUGGAAGCUCUCAGACUGAGUGGCUGUAAUCUGUCAGAGAGAAGCUGUGGAGCUCUGUCCUCAGUCCUCAGCUCCCAGUCCUCCAGUGUGACAGAGCUGGACCUGACUAACAACAACCUGCAGGAUUCAGGAGUGGAGAGUCUUUCUGCUGGACUGGAGAGUCCACACUGUAAACUGGAAGCUCUCAGACUGAGUGGCUGUAAUCUGUCAGAGAGAAGCUGUGGAGCUCUGUCCUCAGUCCUCAGCUCCCAGUCCUCCAGUGUGACAGAGCUGGACCUGAGUAACAACAACCUGCAGGAUUCAGGAGUGGAGAGUCUUUCUGCUGGACUGGAGAGUCCACACUGUAAACUGGAAGCUCUCAGACUUAAUAACUGUAAUCUGUCAGAGCGAAGCUGUGGAGCUCUGUCCUCAGUCCUCAGCUCCCAGUCCUCCAGUGUGACAGAGCUGGACCUGACUCACAACAACCUGCAGGAUUCAGGAGUGGAGAGUCUUUCUGCUGGACUGGAGAGUCCACACUGUAAACUGGAAGCUCUCAGGCUGUCAGGCUGUCUGGUCACAGAGGAAGGCUGUGCUUCUCUGGCCUCAGCUCUGAGCUUGAAGACCUCAAAUCUGAGAGAGCUGGACCUGAGCUACAACCAUCCAGGAGACUCAGGAGAGAAGAUGCUGAGAGCUAAAGUGGAGGAUCCACACUGUAGACUGGAAACUCUCAGGGUGACGCCUGCUGGGAGACCGAUGGUUGACACCAGGAAGACACAAUAA